CCUUGAGCACCUGGAGCCCAUGUUUUCGCCAUGGAUUUGGCGACUUUCAGCAGGGUCACCCUGGCGGACUUUGCAUCCACGGGCCGUGGUGCAGCGCUGCUGUGCGAUGUGAAGCAAGGGGAUGUGUUGUUGGAAGUGCCAUUGGACAGAUGUUGGACCGCAGAAGCUGCACGGCAAUUCCUGGUGACUAAAGAGUUGGAGUCUGGUGAAAUCACUGAGAAAGAGGCCAUCAUUGCACAUUUGAUGAUGGCAAAGACAUUGCAGGAAGACUCAGAGGGAUCGGGCCACUUGGCAAUGCUUCCGAGCUUGGAAUCGAUGAAUCUCCCGGCGUUUUGGAAGGACUCGGACUUGCAGCUGCUGGAGGGAAGCGAGGUUCAUACCCAUGCUGUGCGUUUGCAAGAGGAACUGCUGGAAGAUUUUGAAGAACUUCAAAAGAGACUCAGGUGCAAAGAAAAAGUUGACUUCGAGACAUUUCAAUGGGCAUGGAGCAUCUAUUCCUCCAGAGUGAUGUCGUUAACGAGGCCCGACGGAACCAGCAUCUUCGCAAUUGUUCCAGGAUUAGAUAUGUUCAACCAUUCACCACACGUCUCUACAGGUUUGUUCCAACUUGGAGAGGACGUGGUAUGUGUUAAAGCCGGUGAGGAUUUGAUGAAGGGACAACAAGCCUUCAUCAAUUAUGCGGCUGAUAUGUACAACAGCCAGAUGCUGUUAUCCUUCGGUUUCAUCCUGGAUGAUUCUGACCUACAGAGUAGCGAGGUCACCCUAUCGUUGCAAGUCUCUCCGGCUCAACUGGAAGUUCAUCGAAAGCUUCUGGAUUCCUUGGAGGGGCCUUUGUCGCGGAUCUUGCAUUUGCCAAGCGGAAACGAUUCGGAGUUGAUCGUGAAACAUGUUCUCACCUGGAAAACCCCCUUGCCUGCAGCAUUUUUGGCACAGGUGCGGAUUCAACACAUGGAUCUGAAUCAGCAGCGGAUGGAAUCAGUUGUGGCUCAGGCCGCUUAUGGCCUAACAGCCAAAGAUGAGAUAAGAACGUUACUUUUGAUUUCCAUGUUAUUAGAAGGAAAACUUCAAGAACUUCAACGCCCUGAGCGCAGUGGACCUGUCAUUCUGGCCUUAAGGCAAUGUGCUGGUGAACGCUUGGUGCUGCGAGAAGCUUUAGCUGAGGUAGAUCGAAUGAUCUUGGCCACCAUCCGAAAAGCCCUGAGUUCCUUGAAGUCCACGGCCGGCCGCGAUGCAGCCGAAACGGCGGAAACGGCCCAGACUCCCUGGCUGCAUCGCCUCAAUGCAGCGUCCAGCAGGUUGAGUGCUGAGGUGUCGUCUGUGGCACGGCUCAGUAAGAAUCUCUGUGAUCGCUUGCCAAAGGUUCAUUUGAUUCAGGCAUGUCACAUCUUCAAUGCGUGGCUGGUGGGUCGCAAUGACCACGAGCUGCUACCCCGCCUUUGUUUUGCCAAGACAACUUGGCCUUUCGACCAAGCUGAGUGUGACCAUACUGACGCUUCUGCUUCCAUCCUGGGCUUAGAAGCCGAUGGUCAGAAACCAGGUGGAGGAUAUGCUGGGCAACCAUCAUCAGGUGCUGUUUCAUCCUGUGAGAAUCCCUAUCUGUCGCUGUACCACGAGAAAAUUAAGCUUUGGGGGUCCUGGCUGCUAGCGCAGUGGAUCCAUGCCGAUGCCUUUCAGCUUUCGGAUCUGAGUAGCAUGGGACAGGAGCAGGUGAUGCUCCGCAACCACCACGCCUGGAGCGUUCCAAGUGAUGCGGCACUGAGGAUUUUGGCGUCCCACGCGCCAUUGCUGGAGCUGGGUGCGGGGACGGGCUACUGGGCCUCCUUGCUGAAGCAGAGGUCAGUUGACAUUGUAGCCUUUGACGAGAAGCAUUUUCACUCGUCCUUCAACAGCCAGACAGACAUCUCUGAAGGUCAAGAGAUCAGCAGCAGAUAUUUCUGCGAUGUGAAGCAAGGUGGUCCGGAAUCCGUUGGUCAAUAUGAAGAUCGAACUUUGCUCCUCAUGUGGCCAGAUUAUAUGGGUUUCGGCGCCUAUGGUCUGCAGUGCUUGCAGCAUUACAAAGGCCAGAAGCUGAUUUUGAUCGGCGAAUGGAAAAAUAGCACCUUUGGAUCAUAUUCCAAGGGAGUCUCUGAGCAUGGUCAGUCCUUUUCCUUGGAGUUCCAGAACAAAGUGGAGGAGGAGUUUCAGCUCGUUGAAUCCUUGGAUUUACCUAACUGGCCGCUAUUCCUGGAUCGGCUCCAGGUUUUUCAGCGGGAGCAAAAAGGGUCUGGAAGUCUGAAGCUUUAUGCGGUGUCAAUAAAUUUGCAGAUUGACAUUUCGCAGCUGUGGAUGUUCCUGAUGGUGUGCAUCCUGCAGCUUUUGCCAAAGCAGGAUGUGGAAGUGGUGCGAACCUUCAACGCCAUGGGUUUGAAGGAAGAUGUGCUGCGAGGAGUUUUCGCCUACGGCUUCGAGAAGCCAUCGGCGGUGCAGCAGCGAGCUGUUCGACCCAUCCUCCAAGGUCGAGAUGUGAUUGUUCAAUCCCAGAGCGGCACAGGUAAAACCUCGGUGUUUUGCCUUGGAGCCUUGCAGUCUGUGGACUUCAACCGCAUGGAACCACAGGCGAUUCUUCUGUCUCCCACCAGAGAACUUGCAGUGCAAAGCGCCAAGGUGUGUUUGGCCCUGGGCGACUAUGUCAACUGCAAAAUCCACAGUUGUUUGGGUGGAAAAAGUGUGAAGGAUGGGAUCAAAGUCAUGAAAUCAGGGGUCCAUAUCAUUUCUGGAACACCUGGUCGAGUCCUGAGCAUGAUCCGCCAGCAGCAUUUGCCUGUGAAAAGAAUAAAGAUGUUAGUUUUAGACGAAGCUGAUGAGAUGCUGAGCAAAGGCUUCAAAGAGCAGGUCUAUGGCAUCAAACGCUUGUUACCGGAGAAGCUUCAAAUAGUUCUGGUCUCUGCCACCUUGCCAGACGAGGUUCUCGAGCUCACUGAAGAUUUCAUGAAGAAACCCUUCCGGCUGUUGGUGAAGCGAGAUGAGCUGUCCUUGCACGGCAUUCAACAGUUCUAUGUGGCCGUGGAUAAGGAACAAUGGAAAUUUGACACCCUCUGUGACAUUUUCGACUCUGUGGCCAUCACACAAGCGGUGAUUUUUUGCAACAACCGGAAGAAAGUGGACUGGUUGGCGAAGAAGAUGAGGGAAUCCAACUUUCCCAUUGCAGCCAUCCAUGGCGACAUGCCUCAGAAGGAUCGUGACACGGUCAUGGAGGCGUUUCGAGACGGUCGAUCGAGACAACUCGUCGCGACGGAUUUGAUUGGACGUGGUUUGGACGUUCAACAGGUCAGCCUGGUGAUCAACUACGAUGUUCCCACAAGUCGGGAGUUCUACUUGCAUCGCAUUGGCCGCUCCGGUCGCUUUGGGCGAAAAGGCGUCGCGGUGAACUUCAUGAGGACGGAAGACGAGCCAUUGAUUGCGGACUUGGAGAAGUUUUACUCCAUUUCCAUCAAGGAGUUGCAGACCUUGAAUGCUGUAAGGUCGCUUGAUUGGUUGAGUUGGGAAAAUCUUAGCCGGAACGAAGCAGCUGCCAAAGUCAGCCGUUUUUGGCUUCGCAGGAAUCCCCAACUUCUUUCGCAGGAUGUGGUCGUCCUCGAUGUUGGCUCCGGCUUCGUGAAGGUUGGCUUCUGCGGGGAAGAUGCCCCUCGCGCCAUGCUCCCUACAGCAAUGGCGACGGCCACGGCAGAUGAGAAUCGGGAAGACGAAGCAGCACCUGUCUCGGGCGAUUCUGCGCAAAAGAAAAGUCAGGUAUUCUACGGUGAGGAAGCAAUCUUGCAGGAGAACGCGGUGAUCACGCGGCCGGUGCAGCGGGGAGAACUCCAACUGACGGCUCCCGAAAAGGACGCCAUGGAGAACCUUCUCGAACACGUCUUUCGAAACGUCUUGGGUGUGGAGCAAGAGGACUUGGAUGCCUGCAGCGCCACUGACCUGCCAUGCCUCAUCGCAGACACCAUGCCAUUGGGGCAAGGUUCCUACGGCACGCGUCAGUGGAUCGCAGAGGUGAUGUUUGAAAAGAUCAAAGUUAAGUCCCUUGCGAUCUUCAACACGGCCGCCUUGAGCCUGUUCUCAACGGGCCGCACCCGUGGAUUGGUGGUGGAGAGUGGUGAGGGCAUCACUCAGGCGGUCCCAGUCUUUGAAGGGUAUGCCAUACCCCAUGCGAUCUUUAAGAUGAAGGUUGCUGGACAAGACAUUACCCAACGAAUUAAGACCUUGAUGGCCGAAGAGCUUGGCGAAGCUCAGAGCUACCGCACCAUGGAAGCGAUGAAAGAGAAGGUGUGUUUCGUGGCGCCUUCCGGACACAACGGGAUGCCAGCUGCAGCGUCAGAUAGCGGAGAUGAAGAAGCAAGAUCCUUCGAGCUGCCAGAUGGGAAGAUCAUCCAGGUGAGCGAAAAGAUCCGCAGCAGUGCCACCGAGAUUUUGUUCGGUGGAGUGGAGGGAGAGGCUUCGAUGCAAAAGAUCUGCCUGGAUGCUGUCAACACCGUUGACCUGGAUUUUCGACAGGACCUCGUGAAGAGCGUGGUGGUUGCAGGUGGCACUUCCAUGCUGCCUAACCUGGCUCCAAGACUAAGGACGGAGCUCAAGUCGGCGCUGGCCAGCGAUUUGUCGCGCACUGUGGAGGUGGUGAGCGAUUCCCAGCGCCGCUUCGCGGCGUGGAUCGGCGGCUCGAUGUUUGCCUCGCUGUCGACCUUUGAUCAGGUGGCCAUCACCAAGCAGGAAUAUGAAGACGGCAAGGCGGACGUCCGAGGCCUUGUUGCUCGGAAGACCUUCUGA